UACCAGCUUUGCAAAACAAAUAGAUCUUGGAUGCCCUAUACCAGUUAUCGGCCCCUAAAGAACAGGAGAUAAAGAGCAAACUGAAAAUGAGUUAAACUUUUACUAGCAAGAACCCAAAAGAUAUUCAAAACAUGUAAUGAAAACGUAAACAUUUACAGCAGGGAAAACAGUCUUUCUGCAAAUAUAGAGGCAAAGAUUUGCAUUCUAUAUCCUGCAAGUAAAUCUACGGGAAGAGAGAAUUUCUGGGUUUAAAUGCUGGGGGAAAUGCUAUGUAUUAGUAAAUGUCAUGUUUUAUUACAUUAUUUUGCAACUAUUUUAGAUAUGGUCUUUGCAUAUUUUGAGACUGUUCUCGCUUAGCAGUUAACAAUUAACUUGAGCAUGUAUAUCCCUCAUGUCUUCAUGAUUUCAUCCUGAAAACAAAUCUGUUGUAAAGAACUAUCACUCUUUCUAGUACAUCUUAACUUUAUGAAGCUCAGAAAUGCAAAUAUACCGUUUAUAUUGUAAGACUGGAGAAACUUCAGUGCCAUCGGUUAGCUCUAUAAAUGCAAGUUACAGCGAUGGACGAGAACGGUAUAUAAAGUUUAUUCGUGUAUUAAAAUGCAGAAAGUAGACACACUUUUACUUAGUGUGUUUCAGACCACUGAAUAAUUAAGGUUUAAUUUUAAGACGACUAGCCCAAUUGCACCAUACUGACACAGUGUCAAUGACUAGAGUCUUCAAACUACAGUCCAAACCAGAAGACCAGCCUCUGAACAAGGUAGCUCAGCAAUAAAUUGUCACAGAACUUUGCAGAGUUAAGCGAGCUCUACAUCUGUGAGUACAGAACUUAAAGCACUGAAUUAUCAAAUAAGCCUGCGCGUGGCUUUAAACCAUGCUGGUUUUAAUUAAAGAAUAGCAGCAGACCAGUGAGCGUAACAUCAUCCUUGAUGACAAAUGUAUUUUUAAAAACAGCUCUAGGUGUUAUAAUGAAAAAACAAACAGAGGCGAAUCACAACAUCGUUUACUUCACAGGAAAAGCUCGAAGUUCUUUGCCACGCCAAAGUAAGUGCAAAUUAGGAGCACACAACCUGUGUGAUGCAAUUUGACCCCCCUGGAGUAUCUUUUAUAGAACAGGAGACUGUCCAUAGUCCCACUGAAAUCAAUCAAAAAUUGCCGAGACAAAUACAAAAUAAAGACGAGUUUACUUUUAAGGCACCACAAAAGUUCUGAAGUACAAAGAGUAAACUCAGACACUUCUACUUUUCUGUAUUUUUGUCUUCCCCUUCUCUGAGACCUGCGCUCCUUUCUCCCCUCCCUACAAAAACUUGUAGCCAAUCAUCUGUGUGCCAGCCCCCCAGGGGCAGGGCUGUCAUUGGCUGAAAGUUUCUAAGGUGAAAUAGAAGAGGAGAGUAUUUAUUACAGAGACGCGGAGAGAGAGUUGGAGAGCUGAGCUUGAAAUUGACUAGGUGAAAUUGGGAGCCUUAAACUUUCCAAAAACCAAGGAACUUUUUUUUUCUUCUUCUGAGAGGCAGAGAGAAAGAGGGGACAGAGAGGGGGCUAAUAAGACUAACUCCAAACUUUAUUUCCCACCCCCUUUUGACUAUCCUCAGAGCUGGGUCCAUGCACGUCUCUGAGAGCAGAUCGCUGCAGCUGCAACUUUGCAGUGGGCUGUGAACAAACUUUUUUUUUUCCCUCCUGCAAGCUGCUGUUCACCAGCCAAAACUUUCUCGUUUCUUUUGCAAACUUUUUGCUGCCUUCCUUCCCACCCCACUCCCGCCUCCAUCUCUUCCUUGCUUCCUCCACCACAAACCCAGCUGGUUUUAAAGAGGCGUUGCCACUUUAUAAUUAUUAUUUUUAAUCCCUCCCCCCCACCUAUCCCCCACCCCUUGAUUUUCAUCCCACUGUUUUCCCCCUCUGCCGCUUUCUCGCAUGAAUCUCCUAGACCCCUUCAUGAAAAUGACAGAAGAGCAGGACAAAUGCAUCUCUGGCGCCCCUAGCCCCACCAUGUCGGACGACUCCGCGGGGUCCCCCUGCCCUUCUGGUUCCGGCUCGGACACUGAGAACACCAGACCCCAAGAAAACACUUUCCCCAAGGGCGAUCCGGAUCUGAAGAAAGAGAGCGACGAGGACAAAUUCCCGGUGUGCAUCCGAGAGGCGGUCAGCCAAGUCCUGAAGGGUUACGACUGGACCCUGGUGCCCAUGCCGGUCCGUGUGAACGGAUCCAGCAAAAACAAGCCCCACGUGAAGAGACCCAUGAACGCCUUCAUGGUGUGGGCACAGGCGGCCCGGAGGAAGCUGGCGGACCAGUAUCCGCAUCUGCACAACGCAGAGCUCAGCAAAACGCUGGGCAAACUCUGGAGGUUGCUGAAUGAAAGCGAGAAGCGCCCUUUCGUGGAGGAGGCCGAGAGGCUGCGGGUCCAGCACAAGAAGGACCAUCCCGACUACAAGUACCAGCCCCGGAGGAGAAAGUCAGUGAAGAACGGGCAGUCGGAGCAGGAGGAGGGCUCCGAGCAAACACACAUCUCCCCCAAUGCCAUUUUCAAGGCCCUGCAGGCGGAUUCUCCUCAGUCUUCCUCCAGCAUGAGUGAGGUUCACUCUCCUGGGGAGCACUCUGGGCAGUCCCAGGGGCCCCCGACCCCUCCUACUACACCCAAAACAGAUGUCCAGCCUGGGAAGCAAGACCUGAAGCGAGAAGGGCGCCCUUUGCAGGAAGGAGGAAGACAACCGCCCCACAUUGACUUCCGGGAUGUGGACAUUGGGGAACUCAGCAGCGACGUCAUCUCCAACAUAGAGACCUUUGACGUAAAUGAGUUCGACCAGUACCUCCCACCCAACGGUCACCCGGGAGUCCCGGCCACCCACGGCCAACCCGGUCAAGUCACCUACAGCGGCAGCUAUGGGAUCAGUAGCACGCCCGCCACUCAAGCUGGAACCGGGCACGUUUGGAUGUCCAAGCCACAGCCGCAGCCACAGCAGCCGCCGCCCCAGGCCCAGCCGCAGCAUGCGAUGACCACCCUGAGCAGCGAACAGGGCCAGUCCCAGCAGAGGACACACAUCAAGACAGAGCAGCUCAGUCCCAGCCAUUACAGCGAGCAACAGCAGCACUCCCCUCAGCAGCUCAAUUAUAGCUCCUUCAACCUUCAGCACUACAGUUCCUCCUACCCGACCAUCACCCGCUCGCAGUAUGACUACACAGAUCACCAGAGUUCCAACUCCUACUACAGCCAUGCGGCCAGCCAGAGCACCAGCCUCUACUCCACCUUCACGUACAUGAACCCCACCCAAAGGCCCAUGUACACGCCCAUUGCAGACACUACCGGAGUCCCUUCCAUUCCCCAGACCCACAGCCCGCAGCACUGGGAACAGCCUGUCUACACACAGCUUACGAGGCCCUAAGGGCGACAACAGCAACAACAACAAGGAGAGAGAAAAAAAGAACGGUCUCCAACUUUUUUUUUUUUUUUUUUUUUUUUUUUAAAUAAAGACACUAACGCUAAAGAUGAUGAAAAAAGAGAACACA